GUGCAGUUUAAGGUGCUAAUGACUGCAGGUGGGCAGGCUGUACAUUAGUGGUGUUGCUUGCUUCAGCUGUUUUUUCUCCAGGGGAUGAGUCGGCUCAGCCUGGUCCCCAACUACUGCCGCUAAUCCCACCAGAGCAGAGGAAGAAGAUCUGCUGUGAGCACAUGCCACGCACCUCUAAGGACCAGCAGCAGACUCUCCACCAUGGACUUCAUCUUCCACUUCCUGUUCUCCCCACUCCCAACCCCUAUAAUUGUCUCCUUGUUCGCUUUGGCCGCUGCCACCCUAUUUUACCUGAACACUCGACCAAGUCCCAUCCGGUCCCCCACUGACCUCAGCUGCCAAACUAUGGGUAUCAAGGAUGGUGCAAGAAAGUCUGCUUUGUUGGAGGAUAACAACAACCUGAUAUCAUAUUGCUGCAAAGAUGCAAAGACACUCUAUGAGGUUUUUCAGAGGGGUCUGAAGGUUUCAGGUAAUGGACCAUGUUUAGGCUACAGAAAACCAGGAAGACCAUACCAGUGGCUGAAGUACCGACAGGUGACUGACAGAGCAGAGCACCUGGGAUCUGGGCUUAUUCAUAGGGGUUUGAAGCCAAACUCUAACACCUUUGUUGGUAUCUUUGCCCAGAACAGACCUGAGUGGGUUAUUGGUGAACUGGCAUGUUACACCUAUUCAAUGGUAGUUGUUCCCCUGUACGACACGCUGGGUCCGGAGGCUCUUGUGUUUAUUAUCGACCGAGCUGAGCUUUCCACAGUGCUUUGUGACAAUCAAAAGAAAGCAGAAACACUCCUGCAGAAUCGGGAGAAAGGCCAGACUCCAGUCCUCAAAACCAUCAUCAUUAUGGACUCUUUCAACUCCGAGUUGGUCGAGCGAGGAGCAAAGUGUGGUGUGAACAUUGCAUCCUUGGAGGAAAUGGAGGCACUAGGGAAAAGUAAUCCUCAAAAGCCAAUUCCACCAAAGCCAGAGGACCUCAGCAUUGUUUGUUUCACCAGCGGCACAACAGGAAAUCCCAAGGGAGCAAUGCUGACCCAUGAGAACGUGGUCGCCGAUGCUGCAGGUGUACUCAAAACCAUUGAGGUAUCGAUGAUUCCAAACACCCAGGAUGUCACAAUUUCAUUCCUGCCAUUGGCACACAUGUUUGAGAGAGUCGUGCAGACGGUGAUGUUUGGUGCUGGAGCUAAGGUGGGAUUCUUCCAGGGUGACAUCAGACUGCUGCCAGAUGACAUGAAGACACUGCAGCCCACCCUCUUUCCAGUUGUGCCUCGACUUCUCAACCGUAUCUAUGACAAGGUUCAGAGCGGAGCCACUACACCUUUCAAGAAAUGGUUAUUGAACUUUGCAGUGGAGAGGAAAUAUGCAGAGGUGAAGGAUGGCAUCAUCAGGAAGAACAGCGUAUGGGACAAGCUCAUCUUCAACAAAGUCCAGGAGUCUCUAGGGGGGCGUGUGAGGGUCAUGGUGACUGGCGCAGCACCCAUAUCUCCCUCUGUUCUCAAAUUUCUCAGAGCUGCUCUGGGUUGCCAGAUCUUUGAGGGGUAUGGUCAGACAGAGUGCACAGCCAGCUGCACGAUCACCAUGCCAUGUGAUGCCACUGCAGGUCAUGUUGGGGUGCCGUUGCCUUGCAAUUUUGUGAAGUUGGUGGAUGUUGAAGAUAUGAACUACUUUGCUUCAAAUGGUGAAGGAGAGGUCUGUAUCAAGGGCAACAAUGUGUUCAAGGGGUACUUAAAAGAUCCAGAGAGGACUGCAGAGGCCUUGGAUGAAGAGGGUUGGCUCCAUACUGGAGACGUUGGGAAAUGGCUUCCGAAUGGAGUUCUCAAGAUUAUUGACCGGAAGAAGAACAUCUUCAAGCUGGCUCAAGGAGAGUACAUCGCACCAGAGAAGAUUGAGAAUGUGUAUGUACGCAGUGCACCAGUGGCACAAGUGUUUGUGCAUGGAGACAGUCUACAGUCUUGCCUGGUUGCUGUUGUGGUCCCUGAUCCUGAAGUCCUGCCAGGUUUUGCUAAAAAUCUUGGCUUUCAUGGUUCCAUUGAAGAACUCUGCAAGAUCCCUGAAGUUAAGAGAGCCAUUAUUUCAGACCUGACCAAACUAGGAAAAGAAGCAGGACUCAAGUCUUUUGAGCAGGUUAAAGAUGUGCACCUCCAUCCUGAGCAAUUCACCAUUGAGAACGGCCUGUUAACCCCCACCCUUAAAGCAAAGCGGGCUGAGCUCAAAAACCUCUUCCAGUUUCAGAUUGACCAACUUUAUGCUAAAAUCCAGUAACCUGAAUAAACAACUUAAGACAAAAAAAGA